CGGAGAGAGCAGAGGAGGAGUGGAGCGGAGAAAGCGAACGCCCCCCGCCCGCGUGCGAGUGAAUCAGUACCGUAGCAUAACGGUAAAACCCCGAACCCAAGAAACAGAACCCAACCCAAAGUUAUGAACCGCACCAGAAGGAAGGUGGUGCGCCCAAAGAAUCCCUAUACCACAGCAAACUUCUUCUCACAAUGGAGCUUCUGGUGGAUGCGAGAUCUUUUCAAACGGGGCCUCCAGGGUCCGCUGACGGACGAGGAGCUGUAUCAGCACAGAAAGACCUUGGAUAGUGAAAGGGUGACCAAUAAAUUUGCAGAGCUGUGGGACGAUGAACUGAAGCGAAGUAAUCCCAGCGUGGUGAGGAUGAUCCUCCGAGCAUACGGCAAGAUUUUCCUCCCCAUGGGUCUGGCCUUCUCCAUAAGCGAAACAAUUUGCAAAUCUCUCAUGCCCCUAUUCCUGGGUGGUCUGGUCGGUUACUUUGCCACAAAUCAGACGGAUAUCAGUGAGCGGACAGCGUAUCUGUUCGCCAUGGGAAUUGUGAUUUGCAUGCUAGUGCCUGUGAUAACAUUCCACCCCUUCAUCUUCUACAUCUUCCAAGUGGGCACCAAGCUGCGUCUGGCCCUCUCGGGACUCAUCUAUCGCAAGGUACUGCAGGUGUCCAAAAGCAGUAGUAACGAUGGUCUCCGAGGUAGAGCCAUAAAUAUUCUGUCCAAUGAUCUUGGGCGCUUCGAUGUGGCGUUAUGUUUCCUGCACGAUACGUGGAAGGGACCGAUGGAGUCCAUCCUGAUUGGCUUCCUCAUGUACCGGGAAAUUGGAAUAUCGGCUGUGAUAGGCGUGUCUUUCAUGCUCAGCUUUAUCCCUCUGCAAGCGUGGGCAGCCAAGAAAGCGGCCUACUAUCGCCAAAUGACGGCGGAGCGAACGGAUAUGCGAGUAAAGCUUAUGAACGAGAUUAUCCAGGGCAUCCAAGUGAUCAAGAUGUAUGCGUGGGAGAAGAGUUUUGCCCGGGUCAUUGCAGAGGUGCGACUCAAGGAGGUGAAGGCUAUCCGGGGCACUGCCUACAUUCAUGCUGCCCUCGGUUGCACCUCCAUGAUAUCGCCGCUGUCUGUGUUCCUGGCCCUGUGCUCGUACGUUUACCUGGGUGAUCCCCUGACCGCCCAAAAGGUGUACACGGUGUCAUCCUAUUUCAACAUGCUCAACGAUUCGAUGGUUACGUUUUGGCCCAUGUCCAUUACCUUUAUUGCCGAGGCCCUGGUUUCGGCGAAGCGAUGCAAGGAAUUCCUGCUGGACGGGGACAGAGCAGAGGUUCCCAUAAACCUGGAAGCCAAUCAGCAAACCGUCAAAAAUAAGCGUAAAGUCUCCAAGAAGGACAAACAGAAGAACGUUGAGCUGAAUGGCUCGCUGUUGUCCAAUGGCCAAGUGCAGCACAACCGCCUGAGGGAUUACGAUCCGCAGUUUUUAACCUUAUGA